AUGAAGACGUCGACUGGAGAACAUGAUACAGAGAUUGAUCAUGAAACCAUUCUUGAGAAUCAUAAAAAGAUUUAUGAAUCAAAAUUAGCAACAGGUAAAUCAAGUGAAAUUGAUAAAAAAGCUUUAGUUUCAUUAGCAAUGUCUGAAGGUUUAAAAAUGUGGGAAAAGAAACAGAGUACUUCAGGUGAUGGUAAUAAAGAUGAAAGUAAAGGAAGUAAAGAGGAAGUAUUGUCUCAAGCUUGUACUAUGGCAAUGAAAUUAAUUAAUACAACUGGUGGUAUUGCCGGAGUUAGUGAAAUUCUUGUAAUGUAUCCUCUGGACGUUGUAAAAACUCGAUUUCAAUUACAAGUUGAUUCUAAAGUUGGUGGUGGGGAAAGAUAUACUUCAGUAAUGGAUUGUUUGAAAAAGAUCGUAAAAACUGAAGGUUUUAGUCGUCUUUAUCGAGGAAUUUUACCUCCUGUUUUUAUUGAAGCACCUAAAAGGGCAAUUAAAUUUUCAGCUAAUGAAAAAUACAGUACUAUAUAUAAGAAACUUAAUGGUGUAGAUAAAGUAACACAAAGAGUUUCUAUUCAAGCAGGUAUUAGUGCAGGUGUUACUGAAGCUUUAGUUAUAGUUCCUUUUGAACUUGUCAAGAUUCGUCUUCAAGAUAAUCAAAAUGCAGGAAAAUAUUCUGGUACCAUUGAUGCAAUAUCUAAAAUUAUUAAACAAGAAAGUGUAUUUGCUUUAUUUAAUGGAUUAGAAGCUACAAUAUGGAGACAUGCUACUUGGAAUGGUGGUUAUUUUGGUGUUAUUUUUGGUAUUAAAAAAAGACUUCCUGAAGCACAUAAUAAACAACAACAAUUAAGAAAUAAUUUUAUUGCUGGUGCUGUUGGUGGUACAGUAGGAACCAUGUUAAAUACACCUUUUGAUGUAGUUAAAACUAGAAUUCAAAAUGAUUCGGGAAUUAUUAAAAAAUAUAAUUGGGCUAUACCGGCUAUUGGUACUGUAGCUAAAGAAGAAUCUGUUAAAGCUCUUUAUAAAGGUUUUGUUCCUAAAGUACUUAGACUUGGUCCAGGUGGUGGUAUUCUCUUGGUUGUAUUUGAUCAAGUUACAACUUGGAUGAGAAAAUAUAUGUUAUAA